AUGGAUCGACCCGGAUCCCGCCCCCUCUCUCCAGUUCUCGAAGAAAAGAAAAGAGACAGAGACCCCAAAGUGAGGAAAGGGUUAAGAGAAAGUAACCAGAUUGAAACCAAGCUUGGUCCCGAGUCUGAUACAGACACUAACGCUGACGACGACGACGACGACACUCUCCCACUCGAAAUUGACGUCCACGGUCUUAGAGCAAAGGUUUACCUCAACUGCGCUGACGUCGACAUUGUCCCUGCGCGAUACCUUGAAAAGGCGGAUCGUUCACCUAUUCUAAAGCGCACGCCUUGGAUCUUUCGAACCGCCAAAGAUGGCCGGUGUGUGAACAUUGCCAAGUGGAGUAAAGUUGACAUCCGUUAUCGCGGGGUAUUCAAGACGCUGAAGAAGGUCCCGAUGUUCAGUGGAGGGUUGUUUGGGGGUUCGACUUGCAGGAUAAGCUCAGCUGCCGAUGAACAUGAGGAAGUGAGUACCGGUUGGCGGACGAGUACCGAUUCUAGGUCUGGCUGGGGCUCUGGCUCCUGCUCAGCUUCGUCAAAAAGCUCUUCAUCGAAGGUGGACUUCGAGGAAGCAGUAAAGGCGCAAGGACAGGCGAUAUAUGCGCUGCUCGACGAGGUCCUGAGUAUGCUGGGGAUCAAACGUGAGGCGGAAAGUCAUCGGGAGAUGUUUUUUCUGAGACCGAGAUUGGUUUCUUGUCAGCCAGAAUACUGGACAGGAUACCGCGUCAAGCACAGAGACAGUCCACUCACCGCAGGUUCAGUAUCGCUAGAUUACGAGCCAAGCCGGGGGAUGCCGCGGGCUGUAAUGCCUGUUACGACGACAAGCGAACCCGUCGUAUCACUGAAAAGAACCCUUGAAGGUGAAUUUAAGCUACUCCUCUCGCAACUCUUAAUAAACGUGCACCGUCUCUCACCACCAGGCGACAAGAUACCCGACCAAGAAGCCUUUCUAAUAGGCCUACACGGUUCAAAGCUACAUAUCCUGCGCGGCAUCUUCCCUGGCCAGAAGACCAGCAAGCUGUGGAGCGGCCGACACAAUCCCCGAGAAGUACAGAGUACGAAUCGCCUGUUCAGAAGGAGAGGUGGCGGCAGCGGUAAUGGGCCGGAGGGCCAAGAUGGCAGAUUUUACAGCAAGACCAACCUGGAGCGUUUCAUGGAGCAGGUAGAGUGGAAUCAGCUCUCAAAUCCCGAUAACGAAGUUCAUCCACGAUCGUUCCAGGUUUUGGGCAGUUGUGAAUAUGACCUGUGGCUGAAGUGCGAUUUUGGGGCUGCGAUGAAGAUGCUAGCCGGGCUUAUUAUGUACUUGAUGAGUGGACAGGCGCGGUGCGGAGUGCUGCAGGAUGUUUUUGAGCGGUAUCCGUAUGAUGAGGAGACUGAGCCAGAGAGUGAUGUCGGAGGCGAUGCAGCCGGGAUGGAGAAAGCUGCGCAGAAGCAGAAGGAGAUUGAGGAGGAAGAAGAGAGACUGAGGAAGAGAGAGAGGGAGAAGAAGGAGGAGGAGAAGGCACGGCUGACUGAGUUCGAGGCAAUCAAGGGGUCCAUGAAGGAUAAGAUUGGCGGUCUUACCGAGGGGUUGAGACAGCCUUGGUGCGACUGGGUGUGGGAGGAUAAAGGGUGUGAUACUGGUGAAAGAGAUGGGGAGGAAGCCUUGAUAGUUGGCGGCCCGUAUUGA